UUUUUUUUCUGGGUUUUCGGUUUUUUCCCUUUUCUUUUUAGUUCCUUGUGGCUUGAUAAAGAGAGAAAACAUUGACCCCUCGCCAUUUUAAACUCCGUACAAAUAUUUUUGAGAGACACAAAUUCGUUAAUUAUUGCUACAACCAAGCUACCUAGCAGUGUCUAGCACCAAACCUGGAACCAAUAAUAAGCUUACGGUACGGUCCUCGAUACACCGACACCAAUCACAGGCCUACUGCUGCCAAAAGCCCCCGAUCCCCGACCCCCGACCCUCGACCCUCGACUUCUCAGUCUUAGUUUCCAACGUCUUGGUUCCCAUUUUUCACAACUCCACGACAACUUGAACAACUUUAAUCACUCACCUCGUAUUUGAGCCUCAGGUUUCUCCAACGUCCUACUCCUUUACCCCCUUUCCUGCGAAGAAGCACCCGUUUGCCUUGGUCAGGCCCCCUUCCAUCCACGAUCCUCGCUUGAUAUGUCCACCGCCACCGUUGCGACCUCCGGGGCUACUCCUCCUUUGCCGGGCGGUGUGCCGGAGAAGAAGCCCAUCAAGUUCUCCAACUUGCUGCUCGGUGCUGGCCUCAACCUGUUCGAGGUUACCACUCUCGGUCAACCUCUGGAGGUUUGCAAGACCCAUCUUGCCGCCAACCGAGGUGAUUCUUUUGCCUCGGCCCUGCGCUCCAUCUGGAACCGCGGUGGUGUCUUUGGGUUCUACCAGGGUCUCAUUCCCUGGGCCUGGAUCGAAGCCUCGACCAAGGGCGCCGUGUUGCUCUUCGUUGCCUCUGAAGCCGAAUACUAUGCUCGAGUGGCCGGCGCCUCGGAUUUUGGUGGUGGAAUCAUUGGUGGUGUGACGGGUGGUGUUGCCCAGGCCUAUGCUACCAUGGGUUUCUGCACCUGCAUGAAGACGGUUGAGAUCACACAACACAAGAUCGCCGCCUCGGGCGUCAAGCCUCCCAGCACCUUUGCGACCUUCGCCGAUAUUUAUCGCAGGGAGGGAAUCCGGGGCAUCAACAAGGGAGUAAAUGCUGUUGCUAUCCGUCAGAUGACCAACUGGGGUUCGCGUUUCGGUCUAUCUCGCUUGGCCGAGCAGGGCAUUCGCAAGCUCACGCACAAAGAGGAUGGCGAGAAGCUCGGCGCUCUCGAGAAGAUCACGGCUUCUGCCUUGGGUGGCGGCCUGUCCGCCUGGAACCAGCCCAUUGAAGUCAUCCGUGUCGAAAUGCAGAGCAAGAAAGAGGAUCCGAAUCGACCUAAGAAGAUGACGGUCGGCAAUACUUUCAAGUACAUUUACGAUUCUAAUGGUUUGAAGGGUCUUUAUCGUGGUGUGAUGCCACGUAUUGGAUUGGGCGUUUGGCAGACGGUUUGCAUGGUGGCUAUGGGUGAUAUGGCCAAGUCUUACGUGGAAAAGCUGACUGGUGAUAAGGUCACUGCUAAGCAUUAGACGGCGUUAAAACGGACGGGUGGUUACUCGGGUGGUUGCUCGGGUGUGUUUCUAGAACAUGAGGGAUCAACGGUGACGCGGAUUUUUCUUCUUUGGUGCCGCUACAUAUAGAGGUUCAACUUUGGCAUGUAUCUGGGGCAUCUGGCUUUUGUUGUCGAAUUCCUAUUCUACCUACUGGCAUAGAUGCCCGGUUGCAAUACAAAAUGUUGUCUGUUUGAGGCCUAUGAUUUCUUGGUAUCGCACGUGAACCAUGAAUACAUUUGAUCCCUAUCUUUGA